CCAAAUCGAAAAACACACAAAACCCAGAUCCCAAUUCCCAAUUUUGUUCCCACCCACGACAAAAACUAUUCAACUUGGAGCACCAUAAAGAAUCAAUCCACCAGAAAAAAGGAGAUCAAUUAAGAUGAGUUCAAGUAGCAGAGCAUGGAUGGCGGCAGUGGCUGUUGGAGCAGUCGAGGCAAUGAAAGACCAAGGCCUCUGCCGAUGGAAUUACGCCAUCAGGUCAAUCCACCAGCACGCCAAGAACAAGAUUAGGCCCUCUUCAAUUUCACAACAUAAACCCAGACAGCUUUCUUCUUCUACUUCUACUUCUACUUCUACUUCGGCUUCGCAAGGCUAUCGGGGUGCCAGGAAAAUGGUUGAGCAAGAGAAAGCGGCGAAAGCAGAGGAGUCUCUUAAGACUGUUAUGUACCUGAGCUGUUGGGGUCCUUACAAUUAGGUUAUAAAUUUACUUUAGCGCUCCAUAGCAAUUAAUGGGAGCGCCAUGUAAUAUCGAGUUGAACUUGUAAAUGAGGAGGUGAUGUAUUGUCUUUGACUUUUUUUUCUUUUUUUCUUUUUCUCCAUAGAUAUCCCAAAAGGACAGCAAGAUACGCUAUAGCACAAUGGACCUUCUCAGGUCAAUCAAUAAAUAGAAGAAAGAAGGGACCAUGGCUCUGUUACCUACGAGCCGUGUAUUGGACCGUGACCAGCGGCCCAAGUCCACAUGUGCUCUCGUAAUGGGCUGCCCACUGCCGCAUGAGACGAUUUGCCCUAAACCAUGUCGUUCUUGUAUUUGCCCUAGUAGUAGCCGAGAUCAUAAUGGUCUAUAUAAAGACUGUAGGCCAUU